AUGCAAGAUAAAACCCUACUUUAUCUAUACGACCUACCCAAGGAGAUUACUACCUCUACUCUUAUCGCCAACAAGAUUAAGGAGCUCACCAAACUAGACAUCAACGAGCCUCCCCAAAUCAGAAGAGACCCAAACAAACCCUUCUAUACUGCCAUUGUUAAGAUCAAUGAAAUGGACAAAUUCAAGGAAGUCUGCCAAGCCUUGAAAUACUUCGACAUCAAUGGAAAGCCAUGCAGAGCUCUCCCAUACACCAAAGAGCUCCAAGCUGCCAACAGAGCCAACACUAACAAGAGCAAUGUCUUCAUAAAGGGAAUUGACAAAGCAACUAACUCACAAGUGCUUGAACAAAAAUUCCUUGAAGCCCUCGGAAACGGUGCUGUCCAUACCGCCAAGGUCUCAAUCAAUGAAGACUACUCAUCAAGAGGUUAUGGAUUCGUUCUUUUCAGAACCCCAGAACUUGCUGCUGAAGCUCUUAAUCUCGGUGAAGGCAUGGGAAUUGAAAUCUCACCUUAUUAACCAAAGGACAGAAGAGAUGUCAGAAAGGGAUUCAAUAACAUUUAUGUUAAGAACUUCCCAGAGACAUGGGAUCAAGCCACUCUUUAAGAUUUAUUCGGCAAAUAUGGAACAAUUAAGAGUUUAGUGACAAUGAAAGCUUAAGUUCCAGGCUAACCAGAAGGUACUCUUGCUCCAUUCGCUUUCAUCUGCUAUGAGGAUCCAGUAAACAAGGAAUAUGGCAUCCAAUGCGCUCAAAGAGCUGUCCAAGAGUUGAAUGAUGUUGAAUUCGAUGGACACAAGAUAUAUGUUAAGGAAGCACUAAAGAAAACCGACAGAGAGCAAGAGAAAAAGAGAGAGCAACUCAGAUUCAAGAACUCAAAGAAGAGAUGCAACCUCUACGUUAAAAACUUCCCUCCAACCACCACCGAGACAGAACUCAGAGAACUUUUCGGAAAGUAUGGAGACAUUGAAAGCAUUAAGAUGCUACCAAAGGAAGGUGAAUCACUCUACGCCUUCGUCUGCUUUAAGAGCCCAGACAGUGCUGCUCUUGCCAAGCAACAACUCAACCUUCAAACCUUCAACAACAAGCUUCUCUACAUCAACAACUACGAGUUGAAAGAAGUCAGAAAAAUCCAACAAGAGGAUGCCAGAGACAAGGCUGACUUCCAAAGCUACAAGAAGCAAUCACCAGCUGCACUUAGUUUAGACAUUCUCAACAAGCCAGAAAUCUACUAGCUCAUUCAAUACCUUAUGAUCAACCUCAGAAGUCAACAACAAAAUAUGAGACAAGGUGGUCAAGGCAACAGACAAAACAACAUGGGAGGAAGAGGUCCCAGACAGUACAACAACAACCCUCAAAAUCAAAUGCAACAAAGACCACCAGUUGGAGGUGCUCCCAUGCAACAACAAAUGCCAGGAAUGGCCCCACCACAAAUGAGACAACAACCACCAAUGAUGCCUCCUCAAUAAAUGCCACCUCAAUUCUAGAAUCAACCACCAAUGAUGACUCCACAAAUGCAACAAAUUGGAGUACCUCAACACAUUGUCCAAUAUCAAACUGAGGCCUUCAGAAUUCUACCAGGAGUUAUCCCACAAAACCCCAACUACAAGUCAGCAGUUGGAGAGUUCAUCUAUGACUACGUUGAAAAGCUUUCAAGUGAGAGCCAUGCACCAAAGAUCACCGGUAUGCUUAUCGAUCUCCCACUUCCAGAGAUUCAUUCAUAUCUCAGAGAUUACAACAGCUUAGCCCAGAAAGUUAAAGAAGCUCACACCCUCCUCCAGAGCCAAAAUCAAUGA